AUGUCUGUGCCUUACGCGGACGGAUUUUUCCCGCGCUUCGAUUCAAUCGAUUCGGCAAUCAAAGAUAUCUCAGAAGGAAAAUUUGUAAUCGUGCUAGAUGAUGAAAAUCGAGAAAAUGAAGGAGAUUUAAUUUGUUCGGCAGAUAAGAUUACAACCGAACAAAUGGCUUGGUUCAUUCGUCAUACGAGCGGUUUCAUUUGUAUUUCUUUACAUCCAAAAUUGAUCGAACAAAUCAAUUUACCAAUGAUGGUUCCCGUUAAUACGGAAAAGAAUAAAACAGCUUAUACGAUCACUUUGGAUUACAGAUAUGGAACCACGACUGGAAUCUCUGCGCAUGAUAGAGCUUUGACCAGCAGAAAACUUGCUCAAACAUGGCAAGAUUUUUGUCGUCCAGGUCAUUUAUGUCCUUUACGCUAUACAGAAGGUGGUGUAAGGAGGAGAAGAGGUCAUACAGAAGCAAGUGUAGAUCUUUGUGUAGCGGCCGAUCUACCACCUGCAGCACUUUUGUGUGAAUUGGUUGACCCAAAUGACGAACAAGGAGGAAUAGCUUCUAGGGAUGCUUGCUUUGCAUUUGCAAAACAACAUUCACUCAAAAUUAUCACUAUCGAAGCUUUGGAAAGAUGGCGUGAAGAAAAGGAAGGUCCUCUACCUGCUUCUAUCGAAUCGGCUUCUACUAAAUUGGAUCAAGAACGUGGUGUACGCUUAGAGGAACAAGAAGUUGUUGGUCCCGCCCAUGCAAAUGGGCUCUAAAUCUGCCUUUUGCUCGUAAACCUUUGAAAACAUGUACCGAAUACUCUCAACGGAAGUCUAUAAUGAAAACAAUACUGUUCCUUUAUUUUAC